AUGCCUCCCAAACGAUCAAAGAACAUGGGGGAUAUUAGGGACUUUCUUUCCAAGCAAACGAACAGUCCCAGUGGCAGCAGCAGCAAAGCAAGCAUGCAGCCAGCAGGACCUAAACCCCCUCAGGUGAGUCCCAUCCUCUACACCCUGUGCACCCAAGACUGUGUCACCUCCAACAAAGACAACAUCAUUUUGAAGUUCGUGCACGACACUGCAGUGAUUGGUCGCAUCACUGGAGGGGACAAAGCAGCUUACAGGAGAGAGGUGGCCGGUCUGGUGUCAUGGUGUGAGGACAACAACCUCACCCUCUACACUUACAAGACAAAGGAGAUGAUACUGGUCAAGAAGGCUCAGCAGCGGCUGUAUUUCCUGAGGAGGCUGAGGAAAUUUGGUAUGUCGCCCAAGAUCCUCAGCAGCUUCUACAGCUGCACUGUGGAGAGCACACUGACCAGCCGCAUCACUGCAUGGUACCGCAGCACCACUGCUAUGGACCGCAAACCCCUGCAGAGAGUGAUAACAACCGUGGAGAAGAUCACCAGGAGUCCGCUGCUCUCUCUGCAGAGCAUCUACAAUCACAGAGGAUUUACGCCAACUCGACCAAAGGAGGAAAAUGACAGUGAUUUCACUGUUCAACAUUCCCAUGAAUUUACGGUGAAAUUCAGUCAAGCUAGUUAUGAAUACACUGUUCAGUGUAAUCAGCUUUGCACAGUGCUGGAAGCCAUAAAAUCAAAUGAGAAAUGCAAUGAGAAGAUUAAGUGUGUAGAUGAGAACAUUAUCAUUCAGCUAGGUAAAGAGGAUAAGAAGUCAAUCGUUGCAACACAUUUCCCUUGUUCUUGUAUUGGUGAUGGUGAGAGUCUGAUCAUAUCAUGUAGAGCAGAAAAAGUUGAAGGUAAAGUCCAACAUUACAAAAUAGUGCAUCCAAAAGAGCACUAUUCUGUCUUCUUUAUAGACACAGUUGGUGGGCUACACACUAAAACAAAGGAACUUUUUAAAAACAAUGAUGUAAAACAGUUCAAGAACCUCUGUGUUUAUGGAGAAAAGGGAAUAACUGUGGCUGAGGCUCUGAAGAGAGACGGUCGCUUCAUUGAUGACCUUGGCUACUUUGAGCUGUCCAACAAUCAGGACCCCAAACGCCUCACUGUAUGCACACAAAAGGUAGAAAAACUACACCAGAAACAAUUCAAGAUACGCCUUCCAAAAGAUAAAAAAGAACACAAUGGAAAGCUGCAAGAAAACCCAAAAAAUAAUUCUCAAACUAAGUGUGAUAGAAGAUCAGGGUCAGAGAUCGUCUAUUUAGCACAACAGGAGGGAAUCCGUGUAAAAACCGCAGUGAAAGAAACCAGCAGUGAUGUUGAUAGAAACAAGAUUUAUGAACUACUGCGUGAGCAGUUUCCAGAUCUGAAACGAUGGAUGGAGAGUAGAUUCCCUGGUGAUUUGUAUCAGGAAGCACUGAAUCUCAGGAAGGAAAACUUUGGAAAGAUCCAGCAGUCCUUCAGUGAAGUUCACAGAGUCAGGAAGCUGCUAGAACUGGGAAAGUCAGUUUGCAAAGUCAUUGUUAAGGAUGUUUCUAUGGGAACAGGCUUCGUGCUGUUUGAUACUUUCAUCCUGACUAGCGCACAUUUGUUUGAUGGUUACGUUGAAGGAAAGGCACUGCAGCAGGAUGUAGAAGUGUUUGCUAUAUUUGACUACGAGAAGUCUGAACCAGAAACAGAUUUGUACUACUUUAGAGCAGAGGAUACAUUCACUGACUUUGAUGCUGAUCUAGAUUAUGCAGUUCUGGAGCUCAACCCUGAAGGCUCAAAACCAAACCAGCGAACAAGAGCACAGAACAUAAAGGUACCACCAGGGCUGCUCAGUGAGUUUGGUCCACUGCCUGCCAAUGGUGAAGCCUGCAUCAUUGGACACCCAGCAGGGGGGGUGAAAAAAAUGGAUCCUACGUGUAUCAUUGAGACAGAUAAGAGAGGGCAGGCUAUUGAUGAACAUUUGUAUCAGUACAAAAACCUGGUCAUCAUCAAAACAAUCAGUGAUUGGCUCAAAGAGCAUGGCAUUAAUGAAAUAUUGAUAGGUGGAAGUAAAGCAGGAAAGGUAGCAACCUACCACACUUUCAUGUAUCACGGUGCCUCUGGUUCUCCAGUGUUUGAUGGACUUGGCAGAGUUUUUGGUUUGCACACUGCAGGUUAUGUCUGUGAUUCAGUAAACAGUGAUGAGAGCGUCAUUGAAUAUGCCCUUCCUCUUCUUACUAUAUUUGAAAACUUUGUGGAAAAUCUGAAGGAAGGUAAAAAUGAGGAGCUGUUGAAGAAAGUUGAGAAGGCAGCAAAAAGAAACCCACACCUGAAAGAGAUACUCAGUACUGAGGAGCCAAUGGAAGUCAGUUAGAUAUGCAAGUUCGGGUCUGGCAAGCUAUUUCUGGUUCCAGAGAUUCCUAAUUUUCUGAUGCAUUAUUCUUCAAAGAAUUGAACACAUACGAUGUAACCUAACCUGUGCCUCUGGGGACCUGUAGCACAUGACACAGGAUGAU